GUCCUCUUAACCCCACCCCUUCUAUUCUCUCCUUGUAGAAACCAGUGACCCGCUGAUCUGCCGAUCCCUCCCCAAAUCCCACUCGCCGGAACCCUAGCCUCCGCUCCCGCCGCCGCCAUGCCGCCGCGCCGCAAGGGAAGGGGCAGGGGCAGGGGCAAACCUAAGCCCAAAUCCACCGCUCCCGAGCCCGUAGACGAGACUGUCGAGACCGAGGUCGACGCCGCGGAGGACGCUAAGCCCGAAGAGCAGUCUGACGAGGACUCCAAGGGGGAUUCCUCUGAGAGCGGAGCCGAGGAUAUGGAUGCCGAGGACGCCGAGGAGGAAGCCGCCGACAGCAAGGCGGAGGAGAUGGACGCGGAGGAAGCCGCCGAUGCCAAGGCUAACGGGGCCGAGGUGGAGACCAAAGGUGAGGAGAUGGAUGCCAAGGCCGAAGCAGAAGCGGAAGGUGCUGAGAGCGACUCCGAGGGCGAAGCAGAUGCUGACGCUGAUCUAGAAGCGGAAGCAGAGGAAACCGACGGUGAGAAUGAAGAGAAAGCCGCUGGCACAGGCGGCGAGAGUGAAGAGGAAGCCGCCGAGACCGGCGGCGAGAAUGAAGAAGAAGCUGACGGAACUGACGGUGAGGACGGAGAGGAAGGUGCUGAGACUGGUGGUGAGAACGAAGACGACGGGGCGGAUUCCGAUCCAGAAGGUCAGGGCACAGAUGCCGAGCCCGAUGCUGUCGAGGAAUCCCCUCCUCCCUCCCCUCUAGCCCGCAGCCGCCGUCGUAAGAGAGCCACCACGCCCGACCCUGCUCCUGAGGCUGAGGACCACGAGGCAGAGGAGACCCCUGUGCCACCACGUCGUCGGCGGCGGCGCAAGUCAGGGGACCGCGGUAACUCUCCUUCACCACCACCAGACCACCUCCGGUGCCGCCGAAGUGACGGGAAGAAGUGGCGCUGCCAAGCUCUGGCACUCCCCACCGUCAGCUUCUGUGAGUACCACUAUGCGAGGGCUAGCAAGGGCAAGAAGCCUCCAGCCGAUGGGGAGGUACUUGCUGUCGCUCUCCAGCGGCAGAAGAAGAACAGGAGGAAGGGAAGGAGGAGCCUGAAUCUGACGCCAGCAUCACCUCCAAAGGCCACAAAGGAUCUCCCAAACGGAUUGAUGACAAUCUCGCCAGGGAGCAGUGGGGCUGCAGGCUCACCUAUAACGAUGAAGGUGGGAGUGGACAUUCCUGUGCCACUCCGGCGGUGCUACCGUUCCAAGAAUGCUGAGCCAUUGCCUGUUGGCCCUGUGAAGGUUGUUCCUCGAGCAAUGGGUAUGGCAAAGGCAGCAGCACAGAAUGCAUGCCACCGUUGCGGGUUGAAAAAGGUUGCACGCGUUGUCAAGUGCAAGAACUGUAACAACCAGUACUUCUGCAACAGUUGCAUCAAUAAAUGGUAUUCUGGGAUGUCCAAGAAGGAUAUAAAAAUGCAAUGUCCAGUUUGCCGUGGCUCUUGUGAUUGUGAAGAAUGCACCCUUGGUCAGUCAAGGGGUGCUAUGUCUAAGGGAUCAGCAAGUGAUCACAGUAAACUAGUCAGGAUUAAAAUCUGCAACCACCAACUGUACAAGCUUCUACCAUUAAAUCUUAACCAGGAGCAGCUUGAUGAAUUGGAAAUAGAAUCUAAAAUACAAGGAACAAAAAUAUCCAAUAUCCGGGUCCAGGUAGCUGAAGAUGACCAUAGUGGGUCACUUUACUGUAAUAACUGUAAGCUGUCCAUGCACCAAGCCUUGAGAAGCUGCCCGAGAUGCCCUUUUAAGCUAUGUUUAAGCUGCUGUCAGAAGAUACGUGAAGGAAAUAUGUCAGACAGCACCCCUGAAGAUAAAUUUACACAACGAUUGCUGCAGCAGGAGUCGGUCCAGGAGGAUGGCAGCAUAAGUUGCCCUUCCAUUGAGUUGGGUGGUUGUGGCGACUCUCUACUCAACUUGAUAUAUGCACCUCCUUCUGGCCAGUCUGAGGAAUUCAGCUCAGGAGAUGAGCAAGAUGCUCCAGGCAAUCAUUCUGGAGAUAAGGAUGCCCAACCUCACUCCUCGCCUUUAGCCGAGAGUAAUGGAAGCCUUGCCAGACUAUCAGGUGGUCAGCAGGAAUCCAUGUCCACAUAAUUGCCGGAGAUGUUGCAGAUAACCAUUCAUCUUUCAGGCAUGAGGUGUCAUAAUUUGCGGAGCAACGAGAGGGCUAUUCAUUCAGAAGCCUGAAAAGGUGGGGAUAUGGUCUGAAGAUGGUAGAAGAUAGAAUGGCUUAUUUAGUUUGAUUAUUGGCUAAUAUGGCCAUUGAUUUUAGGUCUGUGACCUGGAGUAGUUCUUCCGUGCUAUUCAUCUUUUGAAUUGGACUUUAUGCUGGCUAUCAGCGUAAAUAGGGUAUGACUUUAUCUAUCAUCAGUAGAAAACUGAUUCAGGUUGUAUCGGCCGUGCUCUGGUUAAUCUAGAACUGUCUGUACUCUGUUGGCUAUUGCUGUGUGCGUUGAGUGUCGUAUGCUAUGCGAUUAGAGUAUUUUUGAAUAAAACGUGGAUGUCAGAUAGUGAACUGAAUCUUGUAUGUCCUGUUCAGAUAUUGAUAUUGAGUCGGUAGAAUAA